AUGAUACCUUUUAAGUUGAUCGGGGUCUCUCUCCUAUCGACCGUCUUGGCGGCUGCCGUUCCUUUGACCGAGACGUCAUGCUCAGUCGGAGAUAUUCUUGACUCGGCCUUGAAGCCCUUGGUGGCGAGUCUGCUCUCCAAGAUCUCCACGGCCAACUAUCGCUCACGAAGUCUCAUGCAAAGCUACGAGAUGACCCGAGCCGAUACAUUCAUUGCCAUCUCGGGACAUCAAAACAUAUCAUUCAGUUUCGCUUCGGAUGAAUUGCAACAGCGAAUUGACAGGCAAUUUGUCCCCAGUUCGUACUGGGUAUGGGCAUCGCCUGCACUCGACCCAUUCAACUUCUCACUUGUGGUUCAGAGCGGUGACGAUGGGUUUGCCUGCUACGUUCAUGGGAACAACCAGAUUUGGCUUCCCCCGGAUCUCGCGUCCGGAUACACGGAUUCUGCUCUUGCCGAGUACAUGGUUUUGCAUGGUGACAUGCUCGACCCGAGACUCCUUCUCAAGUUGAAAUCGAGCAAAAGUACAUCAGUUUCAAAGACGAUCAUCAACAACGUAGAAAUGUUUAGCGUUUACGACUCUCACCUCGACCUCACUGUCAUAUUUGACCCCUCCAGCAAUCUGCCCUACAUUGUCCGCACCCUAGAAGACCAUUCGAUCUAUGGAGCGUCAACCUUCGAUCUUUACCUCUCAGACUACAAAACUGUGAAAGGCCUCAAGUUUCCUCAUCAGAUCCAGAGCAUCUACAACUCCUCGUUUCAGAAUCUUAACGCUGUCCUGGAAGAUUAUGUCAUCGAGCAGAUAACCUUGAACCCAGACUUUCCGUCGGACUUCUUUCAUGGCAUAUCGGAAGAAGAGAGCAUGUUCCCAAAGGCAGCACCCAAGAAAGUCCAGGGCUUAUCGCAUGCGCGCAUCACAGAGUUCAGCUCGAAUAUGCUUUGGGCCGGAAUAAAGAAUGUCACGGUAGAAGGUCUCAAAGGAGAGCAGCCGAUUUCUGACCUCCCCUGGGUACACUGGCUCAUUCUCGAUGACGAUCCUCUUGGCGUUAAACAGAUGAUUCUCGAGUUCGAGACUGAGGUCAUUGUGUGCGAUGCGCCGCCUCAAUUUAGCGACAAGGUGAUUGAAUGGAUUGCUCAGAAUUUGAACAAGCCGAUCACGCAUCUCUGGCCGACACACCACCACCGCGACCAUAGUGGGGGAGCUAACAAAUAUGUCGAAGCUGGCGCAAAGCUCAUCGUGCCCGACAUGGCAGUACAGUACUGGUCUAGCAUUCCGGAUGCAACAUUCGUGACUUUCAAUGAUACGAACCCCUACGUCCACUCUGAUGGCAAUAUCCAAGCCUGGUUCAUGUGGGAAGAGCAAGGAUCCCACGCCGCAGACUGGUCUUACAGCUUCGUCACUGCCAAAUGCCCUUCAGAAUACUCCACAGUGGCUGUCCUCGAAGCAGAUGUCUGGCAAGCGGGUGUUUCAACUGGGCAGUCGGAUCAAGCUCUUAUGAGACAGUGGCUCGAUCAGGUGAUGGGAGACGGACUGACCGAGAAGGCGAUAGUUCUCCCAACUCACGGGCUUGUCACACCGCUCCUUGAUAUGAUCAACAUCACCGGAUACCCGUACCCCAAAAUGUCGACUACUGAUUGGAAGGCUGGAGCUGCAAAAUGCUAA